AUGCAUACUUCUUUAAAUGGUUAUAAUGAGCUUAACGAUCGUUGGAUAUCAGAAUUAGAUUGUUUAGAUCGUUGUUUAAAACUAAAACCUGAAAAAUGUCGUUCAUUUGAACAUUGGUAUGCGGUACGAACUGGAUUAUGUGUACGUGCUAAUAUCUCAUUAUCUGAUGAACCAUCAUCGAUUGUAACUAAUUCAUUUGUUGAUUAUUAUGAAAUUGAUUGUCGAAAAGAUACAAAAGCUGUGAGACUACAAACAAUAUCAUGUCCAGGUGAUCAAUUAAAUAUAACAAUUACAUUGAAUGGUAUCGAUCCAAAUUAUGUUUUACUUGGUGAUAGUCACUGUAAACCUCUAUGGUCAAAUGAAACACAUGCACAGUUUGUUACACAUGUAGAUAAUUGCUCAUUGAUAUUAACUGAUGGUUCAAUUGUUGGUAAACUUCGUUGGGAAGGUGUAGAUAAAGAUACAAAUGAAGCUCGACAAUAUGGACGAUUUUUUCUUUGUCCAAGUGAUAUAUAUCAAAUACGUUUAGCUCAUUGGACAUCAACAACAACGAGAAUAUCAACAACUGCAUCAUCGACAAGAAGUACUCCAUCACUAAGUGCCACUCAUCACCAUUUAACUUCACCAAUAUAUAAUGAUGAACAACUUACUUCGACAACUUAUAGAAUUUCAUUACGAUGGAUUUCAAAUAAUCGAACAUAUACUUGUCCACAAAUAUGCUCUGUUUCACUUUUAUCUCUUAUCUAUGUAUCAUUUGAUGAUAUAUCAUUAUUAUCAUCAACAUUUUCAAUUCAUUCAUGUGAUUUAAUAGCUCUUCAUCCUUAUACGAAUUAUUUUAAAACACAUCGAUUAAUUUAUCAAGAUUGUUCAGCUGAUCCAACUGUGAUUCAUUUAUCAUCCGAAAUAAAUUCUUUAUCGAAAUUUCAUUAUUCGUUUUAUCUUUAUAAUAUUCUACGAGAACCAAUACCAUUUCAAAUUCAAUGUAGAAUAUUAAAUCAUCAACAAACACAAUUUGUAAAUAAUCAUACAAAGUGUUCAUCAUUGACAUUUAUUGAUAAUGAUCAAUUAUCAAUAAUAAAAAAUGAGAAAAAAGACUAUUCAUAUACAUUAUUUCGUUCCUCACCGGUUAAUGUUACACGACACUCACCAUCGAAUCUAUCUGAAUUAAAUGGAAAUUAUAUCUCAAUUGCUCUCAUUGUAGGUACCAAUGCUAAUAUAUUCAGUCGAAGUUGUAAAUGCAAAGCUGUUUCAAAUACGGUUCAUUUUCCAUUUCAUUCAUGGGAUAUAUCAUCUUGCAAACUUUGUUCAUGUAAUGAUGCUGCUAUGGUAAAUUGUGAACAAGCAUGUGCCUCAGCAGUUCAAAACUAUGCAACAACUGGCUGUGGAAAAGUUACUAAAGGUAGCAAAGUGAAAUAUUCAUGGGAUGCUAGUUCAUGUUCAGGUGGUAUUGGCCAAUCGGAACUUGCAUGUGCUUAA